GCCGAGCCAGCGCUGUCCCUUUCCUGGUAACAGUACUUCCUGGGAAAUGAAGUCCAAAUUUCCGCAAAACGUAACGCUCCAGUUAUCCUUGAGACUCCAUUCCCCAGCAAGCUCAGCGUGUAGCGUGCGUUAUGGAGCCGCGAGUUGCAGAACUGAAGCAGAAGAUUGAGGAUACUCUGUGUCCUUUUGGCUUCGAGGUGUACCCCUUCCAGGUGGCGUGGUACAAUGAACUCCUGCCUCCAGCUUUUCACCUGCCCCUGCCAGGCCCUACCCUGGCAUUCCUGGUACUUAGCACACCUGCCAUGUUUGACCAGGCACUCAAGCCCUUCUUGCAGAGCUGCCACCUUCAACUGCUGACUGAUCCUGUGGAUCAGUGUGUGGCCUACCAUCUGAGCCGUGUUAAAGAGAGCCUCCCAGAGCUGCAGAUUGAAGUCAUCGCUGACUACGAGGUACACCCGAACCGGCGCCCGAAGAUUCUUGCCCAGACAGCAGCCCACGUGGCAGGGGCUGCUUACUACUAUCAACGGCAAGAUGUGGAAAGUGACCCCUGGGGGACCAAGCACAUAUCAGGAGUGUGUGUACACCCCGAAUUUGGGGGCUGGUUUGCCAUCAGAGGAGUAGUGCUGCUGCCUGGAGUAGAGGUGCCAGAUUUGCCACCCAGAAAACCUUGUGACUGUGUGCCUACAAGAGCUGAUCGCAUAGCUCUUCUUGAAGGCUUCAAUUUCCAUUGGCGUGACUGGACUUACCGGGAUGCAGUGAUACCCAAAGAGCGCUACUCAGAAGAGCAAAAGGCCUACUUUUCCACUCCACCUUCCCAACGAUUGGCCCUAUUGGGCUUGACGCAGGCCUCAGAGGAACCUAGCUCUCCAUCCCCUGACUUUCCCUUUAUCACACUCACCAAGAAGUCUCAGAUUCCCAGCAGAGCCACCCGAAGCUGGCUUAGCCCUAGGGUAUCACCACCUUCAUCCCCUGGCCCUUGAUACCUUACUUCUCUGUGGGACCCCUAUUUAUGGUGGUACUUGGUAGAACUUAAUUGGUUUGGGCAAAGCAAAAGAGAUUUUAUUUUGGGUACAAAAUGGACUAUUUUUAGUAAUAUAGAUCAUGAAGGUAAGAAAGUUAGGUCAGGAUAAGUCAAAGGCCAAGUUAGAGCCACAAUUCCAUGUCUUUGAAUAUGGAACUCUUGCAUCUAUUACCGUAUCUAUUCAGUGCCCCCAAGAUGCUACUUCUUACAGGGCCCAUACUGCAUAGGGUUUUUGUGAGGACUGAAUAAAUAUAUGUAAAUGCCUGGCAUGUAGUAAACAGUAUGUGUUGGUUGGUACUGCAGGCCCUAGGAAUACUUGACUGCUGCUCUUAAACCUAAUCUGGGUUCUGAAGGGGUGGGCAAGCUAAGGUAGCUGAUAGAACAAGUGGCUAGAAGGGCAUCCACAACACAAGAAAGUAUCCUCUGUUUUGUUUUGACAGUCUCACUCUGUUGCCCUUGGUAGAGCGCCGUGGCAUCACAGCUCACAGCAACCUCCAACUCCUGGGCUUAAGAAUUUCUCUUUUUUUUUUUUGUAGAGACAGAGUCUCACUGUACCGCCCUCGGGUAGAGUGCCAUGACGUCAUACAGCUCACAGCAACCUCUAACUCUUGGGCUUACGCGAUUCUCUAGCCUCAGCCUCCCAAGCAGCUGGGACUACAGGCGCCUGCCACAAAGCCCAGCUAUUUUUUGUUGCAGUUGCCACUGCUGUUUUAGCUGGCCAGGGCUGGGUUCAAACCUGCCACUCUCAGUAUAUGGGGCUGGCGCCCUACCCACUGAGCCACAGACACCACCCAGUUUCCUCAGUUUUUUUUUUUUUUUCUUUUUUUGUAGAGACAAUCUCACUGUACCGCCCUCUGGUAGAGUGGCGUGGCGUCACACGGCUCACAGCAACCUCUAACUCUUGGGCUUAUGCAAUUCUCCUGCCUCAGCCUCCCAAGCAGCUGGGACUACAGGCGCCUGCCACAACGCCCGGCUAUUUUUUUGUUGCAGUUUGGCCGGGUCUGGGUUUGAACCCGCCACCCUCGGCAUAUGGGGCCGGCGCCCUACUCACUGAGCCACAGGCCCCGCCCAGUUUCCUCAGUUCUUAAUCUACCUUAGCCUCAAGGGCCCAGGAAGAAUCUAGCUUCUUGUUGACAACCUUCCUCAGGACAAUGAUAUGGAUGAGGAUCAAAAGGACUACCAUCUAAAGGCUAAAACCCAGGGAAGAUAAAAAGUGCUUAAUACUGUAAUAGUUCUAUAAGCCUUACUCAAGGCCAGGAGCCCUGUAUUUGUCUUCCUUUUCCCAUUUCAGUUCAAAAGAGAAAGGAAACACCCUCCCCCACCCCAGCUAUGUUCUUUUACAGAGCAGGUACCAGGCACUUAUUAGAGGUGGCCAAGCUUCUGGUUCCCAUGUAGCCCUCUCAGUAGUGUAAAUGUAGAUGUCCAAGUAAUUUCACUAGGACCUUAACCUACAACCCAACCUAUGGCAUAAGUUGAAGUGCCGCAGCCAAUUCUACAGCAGGGCUUGCACUUUUCUCCACAUACUGAAAAACAAAAUGGGACACCU